GUGUUUAAGCGUCACCAGCGAUGCCUCAGGUGUUAAAGGGUUAACUAUGUUGUUCUGCUGCAGCCUCAACAAAGGACAAAAGAGGUUAUUUCCUUUUCUUUUGGAAGAUUUGUAACGUCUGUCUAAAUGCACGGUCACACAAUAAUAGCUUUUAUGAUCCAGGAGGACUUUGUAGAUCAGUAACAGGUUGAUUUCCUGAUUCUUGUUAAAAAACAAAUUGUAAACAUUUAACAUCUUUCGUUCUUUAGAUUUCUUCCAAUUGCAGAUAAACUAAAUAUGUCUGGUAUGACUCUCCCAUUACACAGAAGUGUGUCAUCAUGUUCUAAUCAGCGCUUUAGCUCAAACUCAUCUACAUGUCACGUCUGAGACUCCUUUGGGGGAACUUUCCAAAUGACAACGCUCUGAAAGCUCUUAAUAGACUUUAGAAAAACACUUUUGUUCAGUUCCUUCUAGCCCCAUCAAUUUUCCAGAAAACAACGAAGUGGAUGACGUUGUGACAACAAUCACCGUCGAGGCAGGAGUGACACUCGCCUUAAAGUCACCUUCAGACCCAGAUUACCCAUUUAGACUCGAUGGAAACCAGUUGAGAGCUGCUAGAGUUCUGGACUACGAGACAACCUCGAGCUAUGCAGUCGAGAUUUUAUGCACAAAGACAGAAACAGGUCUUCUGUUUCCGCUUAACAUCGUUGUCCUUCUGGAAAACAUGAAUGACAACCCCCCAGUCUUUGACCAGACUCUGUAUCAAAAGGAGAUCACUGAGCUGUCUCCCAUAGGCUCCGCUGUGGGUCGUUUUGCUGCCACAGACCUCGACCAGCACUCGAGGCUCUACUACACCCUGACAUCUGAACCUACUGGAUUUAUACUGCAAUCCCCUACAAACCCGGAAAUCUUGGUGGAUGCACAUCUUGACUAUGAUACAGUUAAAGAAUACCAGCUGAAGCUGGAAGUUCAGGACACAGACUUUGCUUCGGCACCUGACGGGCCUUCGUUCAGUGCCACCACGACCAUACAGAUCACCUUAUCCGAUGGAGAUAACAGACCCCCCUGGUUUCAGCCCUGCACAAAGUAUGUUGUGGGCAGAGCUGUGAUUUGUGAAAGUGCAGGAUACACUGGAAGGGUCAACCUAAAUGAGCAGGAGACUGGAGUGUUAUCUUUGAAACCAGGACCAGUAAACGCCAUCGACGGAGACACUGGAAUAAAUGAGGAGAUAACAUAUGGAUUCCUGAGUGGGAAUGAUGAUGGUCUGUUUGCAAUCAACCCAAGCACAGGUGACAUCACAAUGCUGAGGUCAGCUGACGUACUCGGGGAAGUAAACCUGCUAGUCAUGGCUGCUCAGAAGAAUAACGUGGAUCAGUUCGCCACCACCCAGGUGGUGAUCAGUGUUCAGGUGAAGAGCCUGCAUGUACCACAGUUUCAAAAGCCUCUUUAUGAAGGCCUCAUCACAUCAAUGGGCUCAGUGGCAGUAGACCAGGACAAAAAGGCUCUACAGAUCCUGGCUACAGAUGAAGACUAUGCUGGCGUGCAGGGUAUAAAUCCUUACAUCACGUAUUCAGUUGAAGAAAACAAUGACUUUGUCAUCGUCAAUGGAUUCUUGUUCCUGAUCAAUGAUGUUGAGGAUAACACCUUUCAUUUGACUGUUGUGGCAAAAGACACAACAAAUGAUGAAACAGCGACGGCACAGCUGGUCAUGGAGGUUAAAAUAGGUAUCUCCACCAGCGCUUUGCCUCAGAGCACUACAGACAUACCGACAACAACCCCAGGAGUCAACGUCAACACCGUCCCUCCUGGAGGCUUCAGAGUGGGGGACAUGGCAGCACUCGGUGCAACCUUGGGGGUCCUUCUCUUGGUGUGUCUGGUUGUGAUUGGGGUUCUUUUCCAUCGCAUGAAAAAGGAUAAAGGCAACUGGAGGAAAAUCUAUGAGGCCAGCAUGUUCAGGAGCUCACUGGGAAACGGCCCGAGCGACCCGAAAGAGGCCAUCCAGUACACCAAUGAAGCCUUCCAGAGGGAUGAGGGUGGAGACGGCGUGGACUCCGGUGGGCCAGCGGGGGGUCUGAACGCGAAGGCUGACGAACGACCAGCCCAGGGCUCUCAUUAUGACAAGAUCAUUUCUGCACGUCUGCAAAGCCUGCAGGCACAGGACACCAGUGACACGGACUCCCACAAGGCCGACAGUGAGAAGGAGGUCAAACCCAUCCUGACCAAGGAGAGGCGCGGGGAGGACGGCUACAAGUCAGUGUGGUUUAAGGAGGACAUUGACCCCAAUGCCAAAGAGGAGGUGGUCAUCAUCCCAGACAACAACGAGCAUGACAGCGAGGAGGAAGACAAUAAACCCAGGAUCAGGGAUGAUGAUGAUGAUGAAGAAGAGGGCACUUCUUACAAGAGGAAGGUGGGCUUUGCUGAUGCUGAUUUGGACAGUGGACUGGGGGUGAAGAUAGGGGAUCCAGGCGAGGACUCAGAGAGCGACAGAGCAUCCAACACUAGUCUGUAAGGACCACCAUACGACGAGAACACAACAGCCGCAGCAAUAAGGAAGCUUAAACAUUAACAGCCAAGCCUAUUUAUACAAGUCAGAGGCGCCACAUGACCUGGGAGAAAUGCAUCAAAACAAACCCGGAAACAAUGAAUGUAAAUUAUUCAACCUCAAGCCAUUUUUCUUCUCUGAAAAGCACUUUGUCUUACAAAUUAAAUCACUAUAGAAAUAGGUCGAUUGACUCAAAUAAAUAAAUCAGUUGGUUUUUCUCUACAAAUAGAACUGUAAUAAACUGAUUGAAGAUGUU